AUGAGGCCUCGACUCCCGUCUUCCUCGCCUUUCUCUGCUUCGUCCUCUCUCUCUCAUUCAUCCCCUCUCUCACCUUCUUCUCUGCGCUCUCCUUCUUCCCCUCUCUCUCCUUCUUCUCCAGUCUCUCCUUCGUCUCCUCCUGUCUCUGCACCUUCGUGUACGUCUUCGGACUCGCGCGCUCCACCUGUUGACUUUCAAGAUCCACUUCACGCAAAUGUCAUAUUCCCACCUGACGUUUCGAAGACUUCUCCAAACUCCAAGCUUCCUUCUCUGUCAUCGUGCCAGUCUCCGCCGACCGCCACCCUUGAUAUGGCUCCUUCUGACUCAUACGAAGCUGCAGGUCCCGCCACUGGGUGGCCUUCUAGGCCGUUUCUCCCAGCUCUUCAGUCCGCCCUUGCUGACUCCGACGAAGCUGUGUCUUCGGAGAGACAGUGGCGCUCUGUCGCCUCUCCUUCCGGAAUCUCUCGCCCCCACCUGGACCUCCUGCCUGCCUCAGAUAGGUUAUCGGUCCCCGAUGCCGGCGCGAGCCCGCUGGUCUCGUUGGGUCUCUGUGGAGCGAGUCCGAACUCGCAGUCUGUCUCCUGUCGCCCACACCGAUUUGGCGAAGACGAGGUGGGUUUGCCGGAAUCGGAGGCGAAAGGCGACUCCUCAUGGGAGGGACAUGCCCCAGAUUCUCCCAGGAACUGUCUGUCUUUCGCAGCCGCGGAGGCCGCCAUUGCGGCUGGAGAAGCCUUCACGCCCUACACAGUCUUGGGGCGCGUGCGUCUUCUUUCAUCGUCUCUGGACGAGCGAACGGAGUUUCUCCUUCUUCAAGGCGUUUCGCGAAUUCUCCGAACUUUCACAACUGCUCGGGAAGAACUGGCAGCACGCGAAGACAGGAGAAGACGGCGCACAGUUACCAGAAGAAGGGCAAGGAGCCCGAGAGACGCGCGCCAACUUGAAGAAGUUCGAGGCGGAGGCUGUCGAGCAACGAACAUUCGCGGGUCUUCUGCAUGCGCUUUGCAGAUGCGAUGUCUCUCUCAAGUUUCGGAUGCAUCUCCGUUCCAGAUUCAAGGGGACUCGGCGUCUCGAACUCCCGUGGCAGAUGCCGUGAGUGCAGUUCAGCUCCCUGAAGAGGUACGAAAGAUGCGAAGGGUGGGGCCUAGUCUCUACUCUCAGCUUCGGAUUCGACACGUACUGCCUAAUGCGUCGCCGAGACUCAUGCCGUCUCCGUUCGUUUUUCUGGAUGCCAAUCUCACGUUCAUGCUCACGCGCCUCCUGUCUGCGGUCUGUCGGGCGUCUUGCAAACGUAUCUCCUUCUCUUUUCCUUCUCUCGCGCCUCGAGACCUCCUGUUUCUCCUCAACGGACGCGGCGGACAUCGGGGCGGCGGCCGUGGGUAUGGGCGCCGCGCCGGGGUCUCUGCAGCUGGAGACAGGAGCGAACACAAUAGCAAGUGGGAAGGGGGCGAACUCGCGCGAGGAAGAGACUCGCACCACUCGAGUUUUUAUCUGGAUGCAGAAGAAGAGGGAUUCAGUUUCUCUGGAGACCCAUCUCUCAUUCUUCCUGGUCUCCAUUUCGCAGAGAGGCCGUCAACAGGCCUCCACCGGCGGCUCCUCAGCCUCCACGUCGCCUCCGGGGGCCUCUCGGCCCCCAGCAGCGGGUCUGUGGAUGACAGAGAGAGGGACCAAAGGACCUUCCCUGUUCCCUCAGUGGUCGAUGUCUCUGUCCUCCUGCAACCCGCUCUAGCUGUUGCUGGGCCUUUCAGCGUCGCGCCAUUCAGGAGAAGAACAAGCGCGGCUUCGCCGUCGCGACGCCGAGGCAGGAAGAACGAGGACACAGACUGCUUCCUUGACCUGCUGGAAGAUAUCGACGCCAUGGCUGCACCACUGGGCCGGGGCACUCCAGGGCGACUCAGCGGCAAAUCGCGGGAGUUGUCUGGACAAGAGGCGAGGCAGAAGAGCAAACGCAGGAGAAGCUCCUCGCGACGAUACGGGGAAGAGGCGGACGAAGACUCGGGAGACGAAGAGGACGAGGACGACGACGUCUUCCGUCUCGAAACAGACGACGGCAGGAUGGUUCUCCCGAGACAACUCUACCCCCUGUGUGCUUUCCUCUCCGUCUGUCUCCGAGAGGCUGCUGGCCUCAAACGCGACGCUCGGGACGCUGUCCACGAAGCGAGUCGCCUUGGGGGCCAGUGGCCCCGUGCGAGCCCCACAGCCGCUGGACUCACAAAUCAGAGACCGUCGCCAAGUGGAUCUCAAGGCGGUCGCCACGCGAACUCCGGAUCUCUGCGGGGUCGUCGAACGGUCGGGGGCGAGGAGGCUGAAACUUCCAUGCUGGGAGGGGAAGACGAGCGCGACGGGUCUCUUCGUCUCUCGAGGUUCGGCGGAGAAGAUGAAGGGACAGCCUGGGGCUUCAGAGAUGGUGGAAGAGGCAACACCUUCGUUUCUCUCCCGCCGCCCGAGUACCCCAGGUGCUGGGCUGGCGGAAUUCGAGGGGACGUCGACGACAAGCUCUUCACAGCCGGAUGCUUCAGUGGUGUCUCUGAAUGGGCUCAAGCUGGCGCCGGUGCGGAAUCUCUUUCCGUAGCGGGGACAGGCCCCGCGGGGUCACCGGGAUGCACCCUUUUAGAGACUGUUGAGGCCAGACUUCUUUACCCCCUUGUGGGUCUCCUUACUGAAUCACUCCUCGAGGGCGUUUCCCCCAGCGAAAACGAUCUUGGCUUCCGGCGAGUCCCCUUUAGAGAUGCUUUAUUUUCCGAAGCAAGUCCGGGACCCUCGCCCAGGCACGGAGACCUUACCGGGUGGGCUUCGCCCUCGGGGUUGCCGACUUUCUCUGCUCUGUCUCUGACGGCCUCGAACGCGUUUCGGUGCGGGUCCCCCGGCCACUCCCAAGGCUAUGUUCAAGGGUACCUUUCAGGCCUGGGGCUUCAGGAGGCCUCCCACGGCUCUCUGGGGCUCACCUUCAGGCGCGCGCUGGAGUCACCUCACGCCGUAGCGCUCGAGGCUCUUGCACGGUACGUGGACGCUGUGCGUCACACCCUGGCAGGCUCGCGGCCUUCGUUUUUCUCUCCCUCUGCCGAUGCGAGAGGGCAUUUCCGAUGCGGAGGUCUGGAGCCGAGACGCGAGGGCGCAGAAGCCCCCUCGGGAAGGCGAGAGUCGCUCUGCGCUUCUCCGUCCCGCCACAACGAAGAUGCCGGUCGCGGCUUCCACUCGCCAUUUGUAUCGGAAAGAAGAUUCAGCGCUUCUCCCUGCUUGCCUUCGUACGAUACGAACCUGUCUCUUGCUGUUGGAGGCGCAGGUGAGACGACUCGAGGAAGCACUGCGAGCCUUUUGUUCGCCGUGGUCAGACGCCUUUUUGUGUCCAGAAUUCAGUCUUGUUUCCUGGCAACUCAACACGAGGCUGGAGGCAGACUUGCGCCGGAUUUUCUGCAGAACCAGGGGCCUUCAGAGCAAGGGAGCGCGCGGCCGCUGUUUGCACCGUUCCCCCGCGCUCGGAGACUCGGGGGGAGGCCCGACGUUUCACUGGCUUCGUCCCUUCACGAGGAGACGAGGAGAGCCCUGAGCGAGGACGAGGAGGUUGGCGUCUUAGCACGGUGUCUCGAUGCUCUGCUCCUUCUCUCGCUUCACGGCUCAUCUGUCGUUUCGCUCCUGGACUUUGUCAAGUUUCUGCAGCAGCUCCUCGCCGCCGUUGACCGGGCCGAAGCCGAGCUGGCCGCCUUGACAGCGAACACGAUGAGGGCCGCGAGUCCGGGGGACGGCAAAACCGCGGAAAUCACCACCGCUGGGGGGCACAGGGUGGAGAAGUCUAGAACGGCGGGAGCAGGACGAGGGAAACACAGCGACAUCGAUUCCUGCUGUUCGCCGGUGUCUGUCCGUGCGUCUACCGGGAAAGGCGAACCCGGAGCAUCUGCUCAGAGACGCACCUCCUUGCCUUUCUCGACGGUGAUGACCCAGCAGGGAGAACGUGAGUCAGAGGGACGGAACGAGACACACAAGAGAGAAGAGGACCCUUCGUCUCCUGUUCAGAAAAGUGACUGCUCCCAUAUGGGGCGCCGCGACUCAGGAUCGAUAAAUUUGUCUGAUUUGCCUGUUUCCGAAAAGCCCCAAAGCGGGUGUUUUGGCGUCGAUGCGCCAUCACAGCCUUAUCCUGAACCCGUGGAUCGCACCUCUGCUUGCUUUCUUCCCCAAUCUGCGAAUGUUUCGCGGCCUCCUCUUCCCUCUGCUUCCCUGUCUGCGUCGCAUGUAUCUUCCCAAUCUCGCCGAGCUUCACUCACUGGCCAGCAUGCGGCUUUCUGGGCGUCGAAUGACAGCCUGCCAGCCGCCCGCGGUCCGCUCCUCGGAGAGUGUGUUUUGCCUCCCUCGCCGUAUCCUUCGCUUCAACUUCUUGAGCUUCUGGCGCUUCAGUUCCCCCUCACGUUCUCAGAUUUUCCCAGCUCGUCGGGAGGCGCUUCUUUCCAUGAAGGCGGUGCCGAGAAGGAAGAAGGACGAGAGGAGGCGGGCAAACUCACCGGUUCUUCAGAGGCUCCGGCGUUUCCGUCUCGCACCCUUCUUCUCUCUUCGCCGAUCCCCGCCUUCGGGGCCUACUGCUUCCAGCUCAUUCUCGAACUGCACGAAAGUCUGCAGUGGGGCUUCUCGGUGCCUUCGCCGAGCAACCGGAGACCUGAAGAACACUCGUUCGUAGGCUCGCCUCUUCAUGGCGACUGUGGGCCGCUCGUCACGCCAGGAGGAAGUCUGUACUACGGCUCCGCCGAGGACUUCGACGGACCUCGCGGCGGGGGACUCACGGGCCGCAGCCAGCCCCGUCGUCUCGGAACUGGAUGCAGCGACCUUUCUUGCUGUAUGGAGAUCAUUUACGGGAACGAAAGAAGAUUGCGACUGAGUCAGAGAACCGCGAACGAGGGCGGAGACAGAACCGGGUUGGGGGGCGUGGACGAGGGCGACGUCCACCUCCGCUUGGAGCUGAACAAUGACGCUCUCGUCGUCUGGGUUCAGCAGGAAGAAGAAACAGAUGGUGGAGAACAGAGGGGGGUCUUCGGCGCUAAUGCGAGGAACAAAUGCACGGCGGUGCAGCCUGGCGACUCCGCAGACUCUCUUCUAACCAGCGACAGCGGGUCGCCUCUGUAUCCAGGUCGCGGCGCAGCGUUCAGUUCGCGGGAGGCCUCCGACUCGGACGCGGACCUCGUGGAAAAGACCCAAGAAAGGGGGAAGAAAUCAGUCCGAGCCGCACUCUUCGACAUUCGCGGCAUCCACUCCAUCGUUCUAGACAUUCUCGUCGACCACACAGGAGAAGGCGAAGAACAGGGCAUCGCGCAGGACUGGCUGCUUCCCGACCCUGGCGUCUGCGACUCUGGUCGACUCGAGAGAGCGGCGAGAAAGAGGAACGGUACUGAGAAGGACACCUUGGGACUGCCCAGGAAAGAACGCAUGCGAGAGGCAGGGCAAGAAAAGGCAGGACUGCGAUCGAGGCGACGGAGACAUGGCCAUCGAACAUCCAGUCAGGACGGAGGAGCGGCGAUGUUUGGACCUCAGCGUUCCCAGUUUUCUCUGUUUGGGGGCGAGACGGAGAAGAGCAAGUGCACAGCGUCGAAGAGAAAAGACAGACACCACAUUGUCGUCUUUGCCAACGGCCAGAAGCUGUGUUCCGUCCCGCUACCGGGCCCCUCUGUUCUCUUGUCCUCGACGUUGUCGGUGAACCCCGCAAACGAGGUGUUGGUCCGCGCGGAGACCACGCCGCGAGCGUCGCUCCGCGUAACCUCACAGCCAUCGUGGUCUCUCGGCUUCAUUGAAGAGCUACGCCGGAGGCGUCUCCUCUGCGGGGAGCCAGCGGCGGCAGCAGAAGAGUCCGGCGAAGGCCCCGACGCUGUCGACGGGUGGAGCGCGAACGGGUGGAGUCCGCAAGGUGAGAGACUGGCGAGGCGCGCCGCGAGAUUCGGAGGCGCGGCUUUCGACGAGGGGGCGGUAAUGGGAGAGGAGGUGGAGGCCUUCGCAGAAGACGACGACUCGUCCACUGCCUCUUUCUCCUCGGGAGACGACGAGGGAGAAAAUGAGGUCGUGGGAGAGUGCUCUAGGUUCCCCUCCUGGGAGAGAGCCGGCAGUCAGGGGAACGACGAGAAAGCCAGACCAGCGGAGACAAGUAGACUCAGAGACGGGUUCUUCGACCCAGAGACUCUCACAUGGACUUCGCCUGCACAGGCCGCCACGUCGUCCGACUGUCGAGGCUCCAAAGGUGCUGGGCUGUCUCCGACGUUCCAGCCGUUGCUCGGCGGCAAAGUGAAGAAGGCGGGACUCUUCAGUCUCGAGGAUCUGCUUCAGCGUUGCGUCUUUUGUCUACACAACCUCGUUUUGCGAACGAGACCACCGACAGGUGUCUCCGAGGCGAGGCUGGAGGCAUGGGCCACGGCCAGUGAGGACGAGACAGCAGGGGAUACGCGGGGUGUCGGCGCGACUGGUGCAGACAGAGAGACAAGCCCCGGAGUCGUUGGCUACGCUUUUGGUAUUCUCUCUGCUCCGGGAAAGGCUGCUGUCUUGUUUGAGAGUUUUCUCAGUUCCCUCGACUUGCAGUGUCUGGCCUUGAAGAGGGCAAGAGCCGAGGCUGUCAGGGCCGCGCUUCACGAAGAAGAGUCUGCGCAUGCAUCCGGACUGUUUCCAGAGCCUCAAGCCUGUGGAGAGGAGGAAGCAGGGAACCCUCAUCAUGGUCAGCGUCAAGAGGGAGAAUCAGAAAAAGCGAGCGCUUUCAGUGCGGCUUCUUCUCCUUCUCACCGUUCCUCUGGUGCUUCAACGAAUCUCUCCCCCGCCAUCGCUUCCCCCUCAUUCUGGUCGGUCUCAAACUCUGGCGCCUCUUCUUCCCUCCAGGCUUCAGCUCCUAGGUGUUCCCCCUCUUCCUCGUCCGCCUCUUCUGUGCCCGCGCCAGCUAGCGAGGUCGACGCUUCCCUGGCUUCGUCGAUGCUUUCCGUUUCCGGCUUGCGACUCCUUCCCGUGAACGAAGAGCCCGCGAGACUCGAGAGAGAGAUUGCCCGACCGGAUGGCGUGACAGGGAAGGCCGGAACUGGCGCUUCGGAACUGCCUUUGCUGUCUCCCUGCAGUGGCCAGAGACACGUCCUCCUUCGGUCGAAGUGGAGAACUCGAGCCGAAGUCUGUUGCUCCUUGUUAGGUUCGUUCCGCGCCUUUCUGGAGGACUCGCAUGUCGUUGCUGAACUUCGGCAUCAGCUGAUCCGACAGCCUCAGACACUCGACCGAUUGAGUGGUCUCUUCUUCGACUGCCUCCUUUUCCUGCUCGAGCACGAUGCCCCUCCGCCUGUCGUGUCUUGUUCGGCUCGCCGUUGGCCUGCAGAUCCGAGGGACAAGCGUUCUGAAGUUUCCUCGCAGGGCGACAGAAGCCUUCCACAGGGUUCUGGGGCUUCUCCCUCCACACUUGCGGCUGUCACUGGCAAUAACGGCUCCGAGAUCCACACAUCUUUCUCGGCGUCUCCAACUUCUUCCCCGCUGCAUCUCUCCGGAAAUCCUGCCUUGCCGUCUGCACACGAGCCGCUCCGGUUCAGCCUCGCUGGAGGCUCUGCAUGUUCGUCGCCUGUUUCCCGCACUCACCGUCAAGAUUUUGCGCCUGCCACUCCCACGGCGGUGGGGCCGGCGUCUUCGGACGCGUUUCCGGCCUGGAUUCGACGAAGCAGUCAAGGAUCUGUCACUUCCCUCUCUUCUUCGCAGGGCACUGUGGAUGUUUGCUCUUCUAGGAGCGCCCGCCUCGUUGCGGAGGCGCCCGCGGGACCUUCCGCUCUCUGCGGUCCUCGCUGCUGCGCUGUCUGCUUCUGUCUCGGUGCUCAGGAGGAGAUGGACGCCGAGGGGGCGGUCUGGCUUCUCCACCGCGCCGCUCUGAAGCUGUUCUCGUCUAUCCAGGCGCCGCUGCUCACCACGCUUCUCUGGAGAGUUCUGCCGGAGAAAAUCCAGAGUUUCUUGAAGCUUCUGGCGUCCAACAUGCGCCCCUUCGAGGACGCUCUGGUCCGUCAGGCGCUGAGUGUCCUCGACGCCGCGGGAGGCUGCGAGGUGAUCGUCCACCGUCUUUUGCGCGAGGUUCAGGCUGACCAAGACGGGAGAAAGGAAGAACCUCAAACGUUGUGCGUGAAGCCUACGGGCAAAAAGCCGCGACGCAGCCCUGCAAGCUUGAGAAGAGACGCGCCCUUCUGCCCCUUCACCCCUCCCAGUCGUUCCUGCAGUCCCACACAUCGAAGCGACGCCACGCAUUUCGCCUCUGCGAGCGCACACCUUGUGCAUGGAGGCAGAGAGAGCUUUCCGGAAAGCUUCGUGAAGGGCAACUGCCUGCCGAGAGCCUGGGAGGGUUUCUCAUCGACUUCUGGCCUGAGUGCUGAAGCGGCCUCUCUCCGCUCGAACUGGAGCGGGCAGGCUCUCCCCCCUGAGAGUGACCUUUGCUUUUCUUGGCCGCUUCGCCGCGUGCAUCUGUCUCGUUCGAUGCAGGCGUCCGCCACUUCGGGUCACUUCCGGAAACGCCAGAGACGCGACAGUCUCUUCCCACACCUGCGCAGCUCCCUGCGGUCGGCGUCGUACCAAGACACAGCGGCCGCGCGGAUCGACGCUCUGCGCUUUUCGCUGUCCUGUCUCGAAAACAGUGGAUUCUGGCCGUUCUUCCGGUCUCUGAUGUCCCAGACUGAGCGCCAGAUCGAGGAUGCCCUGCGCCUCCCGUCUCUCUCGCGCGUCUCGGCCGCUGGCUCUGGGGCGAGGUCCGCAGGGAGGAGCGCAAAUCUCCCGACGCCGAGGAGGCUGCCAAGCGACCGCGUCCCUCCGAGCGUCGCGAAAGCUCGUUCUCCCUUCUACAGCGUGACUUACCCCCAGGAUGCUUCCGCAGAGUUCUUCGCGUACACUGCCUUUGCGACGAACUCGACAGCCUGUCCUGAAUGGUCCUCUCGCUUUGUCCUCUGUCCCCACCUCUUGAGCAGCCCCAGCUGCGGCGUCGCGAUAAGCGCGGCGACGGCAGCCUCCAGGGGAGACAAAUCUGCAUGCCCUGGUCUUUUUCCGUUCUCGCGCUCCGCCGCUUCUCCUCUCGCCGCGCUCUGCGGGACGGCUUUCUACUACCGUCUCCAGCUGUUGCAUCGCUGCCUCUUCGACUCGGUCGCCUCGCGCGCCGGGCCAAAAUCGGUGUUCUGGAGCCCACCUGUUGACUCUGCGCUCUUCACAAGCCGAUGUGCCUCCUCCUCUGCGUCCCGGUGGGCUCUACGGAACGACCGAGAAUGCGGGACUCCAGCCCAGAGGCAAGAAGACUGCAGAGACGCCGCAUGCUCCACGCCGGGUCUUGCAGGCGAAGUCGCGGGGUUAUUAGCUCGACAUGCGGCUCAAAAGUGGAUCAAGCAACUCCUCAUCUACCUAGCGAUGCCCGACACAUUGCUGCCUCACCGUCAUUUGGGUCACCCCUACGACCCCGGCUUCUUCUCCCAGGACGCUUCCUACACAGGGCAAGGUCCGCCUCUCGGCCCAGGGGAACAGCAUACACCCUCGAAGCGACUGCCGACAGGUCUUGGAGACAGAGCGGGGUAUCCCGGCGCGGACGACUCCGGAAAACUCUUGGACUCUUCCGCGCCUCGCCGACCCCCGCCCAUGUCCCCUGCGUGGCUGUCGGGGCGCCUGAGACACGGAAGCUGGUCGGAAGAGGAUCACCAUCUGCAGAGACUCGAAGAUGUUUGCAGCUGCUUGGAGGAAUUGCUGCGGCGUCUUCUCGCCUCAGGGCAGAGUGUAUUGGCGGCGAUGAUGCAAGCCAUCGUUCUCUCUGACGGCCUAGGGAGAUUCGUUCCUAUCAACGGCUCGGGCAUUCGAGAGAGCGCGAGAACAGGAAGGAGCCGCGAGAUCAUGCCACUCAGACGGGCUGAUCAGGUGAGGGAGUCAAACGGGCCUCCUGGAGACCCACACAGGGACAACCAGGAAGUCGACCGAAGCGUCGCGAAAGGGAGAGAGGAGCGUGAACUCGAGCACGACGAGGCCAAUCCUAGGACAUCUGAGGAUCAUCGGGUUGCAGCUGGGCUGACGGACGGCCGACAGCCGACAGGAUACCCAAGUGACAGUCAGACGAUUUCAGACGCCCCGAAAAAAGUUCGAAGGAACGCUCUUUUGGAGCCCAUUGAGUUCAGUGCCGGCGUGCUGACCCCCGUUGAAGUUCCGAUGCGCGAAACAGAGUUCGGACCUGCUUCCGCGGGAUUGCCGCCUCCGUUUCUCCACGGCUGUGCGUUCCUCAAGACGGCAGUGCUUCGAGUCCUCACUCAGUUCGCGUCUUUGCUUUCGAGUUUUGAUGGAUCUGAGAAGGGUGGAGACGGCGCAGAUGCGGGGGACAACAUCGCCACAGACGACAUCUUCAAGAACCUGACUCCUGGACGCAAGGACGGGGCCGCGGGUGCGACUGAGAAGAAUUCCAUGGUCGUGCUCGCCCUCGUGCAAAUGACGCUGCGUCUCUGGCCGCUGAUCCUGCGACUGGCGCUUCGCGCUCUCUUGCUUCUUCGCCAGAUGAGCUCCUGCGCGUCCGAGGGCGGAGACGAAGGCCGGGACUGCGCAGAGACCGAAGACCCGCAUGGCUUGCUGCAUCCGCUUCUCCGGGAUGCAUGUCCGGAGAAGAAGCUACAUCCCAUCGUGGAAGUCUGUCUGGGGUUCGUGGCGGUUGCGAGUGACAUCCUCGUGGCGCUCGGUUCGAUUCCCUCGGCCCUCGCCACCUUCGAAACGCUCGCAGGACAGAGCCGAUCUCCGUUCCCCGCAUCGCCCGCGGCGAGCUCUCCGGGAGCAGACUCCGCGUUUCUUGGGUCGCCUUCUUCCCGCGCGGGCCUCUCCUCGCCUCUUGUGUCGCCGAGCGGCGCCAAGAACUCGCUAGCUGGCUCCAGAGACAAAUAUGCUGAAGCCUACUUGGAGAUGACGGCCUCGGCAGCGGGCCUGCCACCCCUGCUUCUGACAGGCGCGACCUACCGCGUCGCUCCCCCAGGCCACGGCUUCCAGGCCGUUGAGGGAGCCCUGAGGGGAACCGUUUUGAUGGUUCUCGAGUGCAGUGCCAAGACCUGCGGCUCGCUUCGGACAAACCACUUCAGCCUGCCUCGGGCCGUUCAGGAGUUCCUCUCCGCGACACAGCCGUUGAAGCCAGUUGGGGAGGAUGAGGCCGUGACCAAGAGGACGCGACAAGCGGAGAACGACCGCCUCGCGGCGCCGGCUCUGCUGGAAAGAAAAGCGAGAGAGAGAGGCUCAGACACGAGGGAACCAGACGCGGCCUUCAGAAGGGGUCGAGAUGGAGAUGUGGAGGAUUGGAGCGACGGCCGGGACCGGCAUUCACGGAGAGAAAGAGAGACAGACACACCUUCUCUGGCCUCGGGGUCCGUUUCUCCUGACGAGAACAGACGAGAAUUGUGCGACAACGAGGCAGUUGCCGGCCUAAGGCCCUUUGCGGCGGUGGGGCCCCUCCCAGGAUCGUCGCCGCCUCGGGCAGGGGGACUUGAGUCUUCGGCUUUUGCGGAUCGUCAUCAGGCAACGUCCACAUUUUCAGGAAGCUCUUCCUCUUUCCGACCGCCUUCGCCGCACCCCUUCGCGCCGCCGCCCGCGGGGACCUCGCCAUCCCCCGUUCUUUUGGGCCUUUUCAAGGGCGAGCCAGACAUUGUCGCAGCCUUCGGACCGAGUCUGCGAGCUUUCCAUCCGUCCUUGGCGUCUGUUCAGCACAGCAUUGCUGCCGCUCUUCUCCACUUGCUGGGUUAUCGUGGAGAUCCACGGACCUCCCAGGGUGACCUUAGUUCAAGCUCGCAGUGCAGUGGAUCCGCUGUGGCCAGAGAGGAGACAGAGACAGAAGGAAGACCUUCAAAAGGAAGGCGCGGUGAGAAAGAAGACAACGGGAGUCCUGACUCAGGAAGCGAGGGAGGAAAGAGAAACCCGGCAACGUCUUCCACACUCGUUCAUCGAGGAGGACGCGAGAAGCCCACCAGUGUCUCUGCACUUGACGUUCGCCAUGCGUCUUAUCGGGAAAAAGAACAGGAAGAAACGCUGAGGAUUCUCCAAAUCGUCGCCUCGGAGUCGCGCAAAGCUGCCGUCCAGCUGCUGGAACGCUGGCAACGCCGGAAGGCCCAGCGAACGGCGGCAACUCCACCCAUGAACGAGGAUACGUGGGCCAAGGGACCUGCUGGGGGCGAAGAGGCUGGGCGGCCCGGGGCGGGAGAAGAACUCUGGCGAACCCCUGCCACAGGGGCGUUAAGUCUGACCUCGCCGGCGAGCCCGGGGGCUGAGCAGGGAAGAGAGCGCGAAAGCGUACAUGCGUUCCCGGAGUCGGAGGAGACGCUCCGCGCCAAGGAGCGCCGCCAGAUACGUUUGAGGUGCGAGUGGAUUCUCCAGGUUUGUCCCUCGGGCCUGUUGGCCCCGCCGGGCGGAUCGCUUUACGCGAUGUCCCCGGUACGCCUUUGUCGAGGCGGGUGGACAGAGAGCACGGUGUCGACGCAUGCGGGGUGUAGAGGGAGUUUGAUUUCCGGUCUUUUGGAGGACGAAGCAGCUUUCGUUGCACCCUACUCGGCAGCUUCGGCUCUCCCGACAGUGACGCGCUUCCCUCCUCGCCACCAGACGCGGUCUCUCUCGUGCGUCGACUCCGUCUCCACGGGUCCCCUGUACCGCAUGGUGGUCGGGCCGGACGGCCACAGCACUGUCAUGGCAGUGAGUGCCGAGCUGUCCGGAGCAGCAGGGGCGACGAUGGUGGAUGCAUCGUCUUCCGGUGGAGCCGCAGCAGACGACUGUCUCCUUUUUCCAGAUGCCUCUCCGUUGCCUGGCGGUCUCCAUGACGAUCUCCAUCUUUCCCGGCACCAAGGAAGCAGCUUCGCGUCGGGAAGUCUGAGUCUGUCAUCAUCCCCUUCUGGUCCGCUUUUCCCGGCCCAAUCUUUGUCGAGACAUGCCUGCCUGACACACGCGCCGCUUGAACACUUGCGGGGGCUCUUCACCCACCAGCGGUCGAUGCCGGGGCUGCUGUCUGUGCCGACUCGAGGGGCAAGUGUAUCGUCGCGCCCGUUCGGCUCCACGUACGGCUCCACCAGCUUCGGGCCCCUAGCCUCGAUCGUCGGGGGCGGCGGCAUCCGACCCGGCAGCUUCAGUAGGUUGACGAGCGCCGAGAGCGCGCUGAGACAAUCUGUGACUCCGAAUCUCGAAGUAUUGAGGCGACUGAUGAGCAGUCGGACUCUCGCAGCGAUCGACCGCCGUUCGUCCUUCUCGUGGGGUGAACGGGGCCCUGGUGGGAGACUCUUGCCUGCGCGACUUUUCACUCAAGCAGGCACCGACACGACCGAAGGGACGGCAAGCGACGGCUUCCGGCUCCUGUCCAAUGGCACCACUGCGCUCGACUUUUUUGGCAGCCAGCCGACAACGCCCAGUUCGCCUCGGUUCUACAGCAUUCCUCCACACAUGCACGCAACCAAUUUCUGCUACGGCCCUCGGAAAAGCAGCGGAGAAGGCGGCCUGGGGUUCUUGGGCUCGCCCUUCGGGCCCCACCAGUUCGCUCCCGGCUCGAGUGGCCUUCGGAUGGCAGCGUCUUCCUCCUUUUCUCUCGGCACCGACGGAGCAGGGCGAGAAGACGGAUUUCGUCUGAGACGGCGCGCCGCAAGUGACGCGAUGUCCGAAUCCUUGAGACACUUCGUCAGAAGAAAUGGAGGGGCCGCCCCGGGCGGCGACCGCGGUGAAGAAGAAAGGAGGAACAGCGCGGGAGAGAUACCCCGCGAGGGCGUGUCUCCCCAACUGCGAGACGCCGACCUGAGCUCUACAGGAGGGAAGACGAGCGCUUCACCGCAGGACAAGAGCGACUCGCUUCUCGACAAAUGGCCUGUUUGCUUCCGCCCGGUGUCGCGUCCCUUCCCUCCCUACACAUUCCCCGGGUCGCACGCGCCGUUCCACCUGCCUUCUCCGUCUCUCUCCCCACCGUGUGUCUCGCACCUGUCGCCGGUGGCCCUCAAGGAGGAGGAGCAAGAGAAGGAGGAGGCCCUUGCCGCGUUCCUCGGCUUCCUCAUUGACGGCCCAGACGUCUUCGUGGCGGAGCGCGUCUUGCGAAUCGAGCAACUCUCGUCUCUCUGCCGCUACGUGAUGGUGAGGAGUCUGAAGGCUCUGCUUCUCGCCGGCAUCUGCGGCAACGUCCCGAACAUUCGAAGCCGUGUCGCCGCAGGGCUGUCUCGCUCGUCGGGCCGAAAAGCCAAAAGGAUGAACGCAGUCGAGGGCCCCAUUCGCCAGUCCGUCAUUCCCCGAGAGACCCCGUUCUCGACUGGUGGAGUCGAAUUUGGAGCUGAAGCUCAGAGGGCCAGGGACACCUUGGGAGUCGCAGACCGAGCCCGAGUGGAGGAAGUGGCAAUGCUGGGGUGCGAGUUCGAAGGGGAUGAAGGGAAAGAGACAAGCGCCAGGAGAACUCCUGUAGGCUCGGCCUCGGUUUCUCUUGGAGAAGAAACGCUCAUCAGCCGCACAGCAGGGCGACUGGGAGAUCGCCAGAGCGGCGGUGCCUCGUUCUCUCUCUCUGACGAGGACGCGGCCACCCGGAAGGUGUACCCGGUCCUGCCUCGCGAAAGCGGAACCGAAAACCGUGGCGCAGGUAGCGAGACGCUGUGUCCCAGGACGAGGGAAUGCGCUCCACAUUUAACUUCUCCUGUCUCUUUCUCCUCCGUCGCCCAGUUCCAUCCUGCGUUCCCUCUCCCCCUCCGCAAUCGACGCUCGACGCGCUGGCCGCUGCUCCUCGACCUCCUAGUUCCCGUGGCAUCAAGGAGCACUUCGGAACGCCAGACGCCGGCGACUGCUCCCAGUGGACCCGCUGUCCGAUAUGCAGGGUGGAUGCUCUUGAAGCUUCUCCACCGAGUCAGUUGCACGCUGUUGGCGACCGAUCCUGCGGCGCGGGCGACUGGCGCGAGGUCCUUGAGCCUCCUGGAGGUGGACGGGGCUGAGGGCGCUCAGAACGAGGGACCGUGUGCGUCGCCUAGCGAGCGCGGGAGGCCGAGAGCCGGCGACGGUUGCCCCCACGACGUAGCCCCGAAGAGCGCGGGACCAACUGCGGCGACAGUCACUAUCACAGCUGACAAAAAAGGGCGUUGCUUCUGGAAGGUUCAGCCGCUGGCGGAGGCCCUGGGCGCGUCCCUCGCCGACGUCAUCAAAAUCGUCGCCGACUGGCACAUGCUUCACACACCGCCUCUGCUGGCGAAUCUCGUCGCGCCCCGCCUGCCGGGGGUGUUUGUAUGUCAGCCUUCCGACACUCUCUGGCUCGACUCGUGUCUGCGGCUGCUGACUCUGCACAUCUGUCUGAGGACUCCCCCGAUGGACUCGAGCGCCUACGUGGUCCCGUUCUUGCGCCACUUGCUUUGUCUGGCUUAUCCGCCUCUUCUGCGUCGCCGCCGCGGCCAUGCCCAUUCCGCUCCCUCCGCCUCGCGAGCAGGAGACACCCCGAAAAGAAGGAGACCGGAGAGACUCCGAGACAGCGAGAGCGACUCAGGCUUGACAGAGUGGCGCAGAAGGCAAGCUGGAGAGACAGCGAGUCCGGAAGACACAUGCACAUCGGGAAGCACGGAAAACAGAUUUGGAGUUGCAGCAACCGCGGCCGCGCAUCUGAGGCCACGGGCUCCAGUCCCCUUGUCACUCGCGGUGACUGGGGUGCUCGUUCACUGGACGUCAGCACUCGUCCGCCAGCAAAGGAUCUCCCAUGCAGCGGCAACGCUCAAGAGAGAAGGCUUCCACCUCCACAGGAAGCAAAGUGUCAGAGGCGGCCACACCCUUUCUGUGUUUGUGCAACGGAGAAGGUCCGCCCCAUCGUUCACGCUGCCUGUGCUCGACCUGCGAACCGUGAAGCGGCUCGUUCACACACCAGACAGCUGCAACGUUUCACUCUCUUCUCUUACCGUCACCACUUCUCCGGAGGUGUGUCUCUCAUCGCUUUUCGCGUCGGAAGAGGGGGGGGCGGCGGACGGCUUCAAGCCCGGGCAGGAAACAGUCCAGGUCUCCAGACAGCUCGGCCAGUCUCAAGAAGGCGCCGGCCUUUGGCUCCUCUCAGGACGCCCAGCUAGCGAGCCCGACGGAUUGGAAGAAGCCAUCAGCGACGUGCAGCUCGUGGUUGAACACGAGGAGGGUGCCGCAGCGAAGGAUUCCGCAGUCCUGUGUCUGGCGCCCGCGAAGAACGACAAGAUGCCAUCUGCGCACUGUCCGCUCUCACGCAUUUCCAAGUCGCUGUCAUCAGAGCUUCUGAGAAGUCAAGGCUUCACACCAGAGAUGGGGUUUCAAGUUGCUCCUGGACUCGUUUGCCGUGUGUGGGUUCUCCGUGGGCCGUUCGUGUACCACGCUCCGCCUUCCCUGUUUCUGUCUCCGUUUUCAAAGAGUCAGGAGACAGGCGCCGCAUCGACCCGAACGGCCGGAGGGUCUCCCCUUCUAUCUCCUCAGUUGUCCUUUUCCCAAGGCAGCGCAUUAGAGUCUGGACAGUGCAGGAAUCUUCUCGCGCUUCUCCACACUGGGAAGCCUGAUCUCGCCGAGGACCGCGAUUCGAAGAACAGCAGGCGAGUUGCGCUCUCCGGCGGGGGCGAGGUGCCUACCGGAGACCUGCCGCGCUCUCCCUUGGCUGCUGUGGAGAACCGGAGAUCCGUUGGGCUACAAGGGUCCGGAAAUCUCCUGAGGCAGAGGGAGGAGACAGACGAAGCGAAAGAGGACAGUCGAAGAAGCAGUCUGUUUGGCGGCCGAUGCAGCUGCAGCAGCAGCGACCACGGCGCUGGACGUUCAGAUUCUUCGGAUCUUUUUGUUCCGCGGACUUCGUCAGACCUCCUCGCUUCUCAAGGAGACAACAGCGCGGAAGAUGAAGACACGAUUCCCCUCGGCCUCACUGCGGCGCCUGUCUCAUCCGUGAAGCUGUGCCGGAGAUCCGGAGGGGAGGCGAAGAGACGCACCGAAGCGGAGCAUCCGAAGAAACUGGUGGAGUCUAGAAGAAAGAAGCCCUGCUGCUCAGCUAUGCGAGAGUACCGCGGUGCAGCGGAGCUUCUCCAGCGGCGCGGCUGGGAGCUGUUCAAGUCUGCAGUUUGGGCGCUUCUCAGUGGACUGGGGACAGUUGCGAAUGAGGGAGAGGAAGAGCCUCUCGAAGAAAUCUGGGAGAACCUCCAUCCCUGCCGAGACCAGGAGCGACGUCUCGGACAGCUCGAGAAGCGCGGAGUCCCAGUGUGGGGUGCACCUCAUCUGGGAGAUCGAGGGGCUUCAAAAGCGAAAGAAGUACCUCUGGAAGUGAUGCUGUCCGACGCUGACACUCGGGCUGCACAGCAUCGACGUCUAGACGAAGGUCUCCUCUCUUCUUCAGAUCUGGCGACUCCCUUCCCAGGCGCGCGAGGACAUCCUUUCUUCACAGACGCAGCAGAAGUUUGCUCGCGCCCCACGGGAAGGGGGGGCGAGAAAGUUCUUUCGAAGCGUGAGCAGGGGCAGCGCCAGCAGCGCCUGCUCGCCGCCGAGGCUCUGAAGAUGAUGGUGGCGGCCAUGUUGCGCUUGACGGCGACGCUGGAGAGAGGCAAGCAGCUGCGCGAAGAAGCCGCAAGGAAAUUGCAUGCGACUAAGACGGCCUCUGCCGCACUCUGUUUCCUCCAGCGCCAGCAGGUUCAUUUCCAUCUGGGCUUCUCGCUCACCUCGGGCCGCCGUCCUUCUUCUCCUGGAAGCAGCCGCCUGUCCAGUUGGAGUCCUUCGCGAGGCAUGACCACCGCCUCGUCCUUUGGCGCCUUCCCUGCCGCUAACAUGGUUGCUGGCCGUCCCCAGGCGCUGGUGCAUGCGCUGAGAGACCGGGGCGAAGCCCUUCCGAGGGGACUGUCUCCGAUACGCUCCCACAGCGCCUGCGUCGUUGACUCAGCGCCUCCCGCCCGCCUCUCGAGCGUUUCGCGGGUGUCGCCCCCUCGCGAAGGGCGGUCCUUGAGUGGCUGUCUCUUAGAGGCGAGUGAGGAGGUCUCGCCUGAGCACCUUCCUGGGCUUCGCCGACCUCGAGAAGAGAGGAGAGAGAGGCAGGCGCGCAGAGGCACAGACUUCCGGGACGAGGAGCCGACAACGGGCGGGGACGAGGACAGCUCUUAUGCCCGUGUCCUCGCGGCGAAGAUCGCCCUGGCCCUCGAAGAAGCUGAAACAGCCGCACGAGAAGCCGACCUUGCCGCUUCGCGUGCUCGGGCGGAGGAAAAGGAGGUGGAUGCUGCGGAAUCCUUCCUAGAACAGAUGCUCGACCUGCUUCUGGCAUGCGCCCAGGAGGCUCCAGCAGCCGCUGUCCUCACGGUGGGGGUCUUGACCUCCCUUCAAGAGCCUCUCCUGGCGAAGCUCGAGCCUCUUUUGCAGCGAGAUAAGGUCCGAUCGACGCUGUACCGCCUCCUUGUUGUGUGCGUCCGGGCCGUCCCCCCCCACGCCUCCGUGGUCUGCGGCGCGGAAGACGUUGGGGGUUGGCCGCGCGCGCCGCUGCCACCGGUCUCUCCGUCGCCUCUCGAGUCGCACGUCGGUGAAGAACACAGACACAAAAAAGAGACAGAGACCGCCCACUCUACCGCGGCUUGUGAUCCGGCAGAGAGCAGCGAACAAAGCGAGCGACAAAAGCGAGGACUCAGCGGUACGGAAGACAGCGCCAGCAAAGUCGGAAGACAGGAGGCGACAGACUGCACAGCAGCAGAAGGGAAGGGGGGUCGACAGGCUCUCGAAAAUAAGCCCCUCUCGCGAUGGCUGCCGGCUCUCCAGCCUCUCCAUCCGGCGGGAGUGUCGGCGAGCUGCGGCGCCCUUGUUGUUUUGGAAAGCCCCGCGGAAGAAGACGAGUCUGAAAAGACAUCCGUCCGAGGGUCAGACACUUACCUGCAGCCAUCCGUGUUUUUCGCACACUCGGCCGUUCCCACAUCGUCUUCAGCCGUCAUCACCCAAGAACUGCCAAGCGAAAAUUCGUCUCGGUCUCUCCUUCCCGCGGUUCCGACCAGCGAUUCGUCUUCCCCGGGACAUGGCGAGUCGUCGCAUUCUGCCGGCGAAUCGGUCUCGACUCAUCCCCCUCCACAAGCUUCAGAGACCCAGACAUCUUCACAAGAACCAGCAGAGCUCUCUGAAGCGGACCCGCUUUCGCCCGCCCUGUCCUCUUCCUCUGCAGAGAGCGCCGCUGCUCGCGGCGCCUUCUCACUGUCUCCAGAGGGUGUCUCCACGGAGACACUUAGCGCCACAGGCGCGGGUGACGCCCCCAGCGACCGGGGACAGAGAGAAGGCCUCGAGGGCGCGUGUGGAGGAGGCUCUGGAAGCGAGAGGGUGGACGAAGGCAGAGGGGGAGCUGAUGUUGGACUCAACCCCGUUGUGGAGCCUUUCCCUCCUCGAGCUGACCCGCUGUUGUUGCUUCUUCGAGACCCGCCCCGGCCUUCCAACCACCCAGGGACCCCUCUGGCAGGCGCAGGGACUGGCGGGGCCUCAGGCCCUUCUGUUUCUCCUGGCUUCGCCUCCGUCCCACUUCUUGCGAGUUCCAGUGCGAGUCUUCCGCAAAACCCCGAGCUGUCGGCGUCCCCGAACCAGCUUGAGGGCUCCGUUCCUAGUCCGUCUCAGCGUCUCCAAUUCCGGAGAGGGGGCCUCGGCAGCGAUGGCUGGGACGGUUCUUUCGACGCUUCGUCUACGCCGUUUCUCCGCGCUCAACCGGUUCCGACGGCCAUGCCGAUGCCGGCGCUCUCUGGACCCGCUUCGCGACCGCCUGUCUCUUCGCUGCCAGCGGCGAUGUCUCUUCCACGAGGCCCCGCACCUCCUUCCGGAAGCUCCAGGGACUCGGCCUUGCCUCCAAUCGGACCUGCACCUGUCCAGAUCGUCAGCCCCCCUCUUACCCCUGCCUUGCCGCUCGCAGGACCCGUCAGUGGACUCGCGACGCUCCCGGCGCCACUGCAUCCGCAGCCCUCAGGACUCGCGCAGGCUUCGGGCUCGUUGUCGCCGGCUUCCGCGUUCGACGGCCUCCCCCAGUCUGAGAUUUUUGUCUGUUCCCGAACAGGGCCGGAAUUCGAGGCAGAGGUGAUCGAGGGUCGCACCCUCCACGUGCUGCGGGCCAGAGAGCUCGGCGGCGUCGUUCUCUGCCGGGCACCUUUGACCUUCCCGGCGCUCCAGGUGGACGAUGACGACAGCACACCGCCCGACGUCUUAAACUUCCGAGUCCUCACUUCUGGCAGGUUCGGCGUCACCGUUGCUCCGGCCGACUGCGUCUUGUCUAACGCGCAAGAAGUAUUUGAAAGGAACGAUGUGGUUGGCUUCAGGACCGAGAGAUGUCCGCCGUACGCGCACAACGUCUUCGCGACGCACGUACCUUACCAGGAAGGCGACUACCUCUCGGUCAAGUUCAACGUCGACCUGCAGCCGAAUGGGCAGCGGUGUCUCCACACUGAGCUGCAUGUCUCUGGUGAGAGCAUUGGGUCUGUUCUUGAGGUCUUCUUCGAUCUCGAGAGCCAGGCGGAACAACACCGCCGCAUGAACCUCGUUUUCGUGCUCCAGGACCCAAUGACCAUCGUUUACGAGGGCCCGCCCUUCACUCUCGACUUCGUCGACCCCACUGCUGGCUUCGCCGCGGUAGGCACGGCCUUGCCGUCCCUACCUGCGGGGCCAGGGACUGGCGGGGGUGCGGGCUCAACUGGGGCGGAUGCGGCGGCGCCUGGAGCAGGACCCGACGAAGAAGAGGUGGAUGAAGAGCCGGGAAUGAAGGAGUGGAGGUGCCAUGGGAAGCCACUCUUCAUGGAUUCGCUCAGACUCUACCAGGCGAUUCUCCUAUCAGAGAGCGAUGUGAUGCGACGCCUCCGAGGUGAAGUCCUCGCUACGUUCCUCGACUCCUUCAGCGCUGCCACUCGUGCAGUGGAGACCCUGCAGAACGCGUUGGAAGCGGAGAGAAAGAGUCUCCGCAAAUCCGCUGCUGGGCGUUUGCGGACCCGCCGAGGAGGCUUCCAAGACGCUUCGACCGUCAGCCCGGUUCUCGUACCGCAGAUGCGGAAGGGGACGGACGACGAGGUGGACACGGACACAGGCGCGGAACCUCGCCGGAGAGACUGGGCCUGUCGCCCAGAAGAGACAAUGGCCGAGCGUUUGGCUAUGCCUCCUCCAGGGCGCCCGCUUCAAGAGGGCGACCAGGAAGACCACGGCUUUUCGAUGACUGGCGAACUCCUUUCCUUCCGCCACAUUGCUGCGGACUUGGGCCUAGCUGGGGCGAGGGACCCCAAUCUCCAGCCCUCGACCUCGCGCGUACGGGCCACGAGCGGCUCGAGGACUCAGGGCGGCAGUGUGCCGCCUCUGGUUUCCGACUUUGGGCCUUCCUUCACGCCUCCAGAUACAGUUUCGCGACUGAGGCGGUUUUCGACAUGCUCGGCGCUCUCAAUAGGGCGAGGAAACGUCGGUUGCCCUGCCUUCCCCGCGUCACUCGACACCCGAGACGCUGGCUCAGUAGAUACGUCGUUGCCGCCUGAAGCUGUCGCAGACUGCUGCAGUGCCCUCUCAGCGUUGGCCGUUCUCGGCUGCGCUGUGGAGGAGACAGAUCAAGGCGACCUUGCGGCCCUUCUCGUGGAGUAUGCAGAGGACGCCGACUCAGCUGGCGGGGUGAGCCGUGCUGGACAAACUGCUCCUUCCAGGUCUGGCCGAAACGGCGAGGGCGGACAGAAACGCGACAGCAAACUGUCUCCGGCUGCGGAGAAGAGACAGAGGGAAGCGUGGCUGCCUUGGCUUGUGGGGCUCUCGAGCCUCCGAAGCGCUGUGGUGUUUGGUCUUCGUCCCUCGGAGUGUCUCCUCUUGCUGGCGCAGCUCGUUGCGCUGCUCCGCGCUGCGCCUAUCGAGGCUGCGCUCCGGGAGCUCGCGCUUAACGGACAGCUGACGGCGCGAUCGAGAGAGGAGCACACUGCUCUUUCUUUGACCUUGGCCCUAGGCAGCAAAGCUGUCCUCGUCGGGUGUCUCCUCGUCCGGGCGCUCCUCGCCAUGUUUCCUGGUGGACAGCGCCUUGGAAUUGGCCACAGCCAACUGCAGGAGUUGAUUCAGAGCAGAGAUAACUUUGGCUUGAUGGGGAGGUGGAGCAAAGAAGCCGACGGGCUCCUCACGAGCCUGCAGAGUUUGGAGGAGGUCUUCGAGGGGCUGCUCGACGUCGUCGAGCACUUCUGUCUGGUCUCCUCAGGCCUGUACUCCCCCGUGCUGGAGCGUCCAACUGAAGGCGAGGUCGUGGCGCUCAUGCGAAGCAGCCGAAGGUCGGAGGGACAGGCGUCAUGGGGUGAGCGAGAGAGCGUAAAGAGCCGCCCAGAGGGAUGCGAGAGAGAGCCGUUCACUUCUUCCUCGGGUCCGCUCUUCCCUCUCUCUCCGCUUUCUUCGUUCCUCUCUACUUCGUCAGGGUUCGCGGAAUUCUUCGCAGGGAACUCUCACUUCUUCUCCUUAUCGUCCGAGGACCUUGCAAGUUCCUCUAGCGCCGAUCUCUGUGUGCCGUCACCCACGGCUCUUCCCUCGCUGGGAGGCCCCACACCGUCUCCUUGUCUACCAAUCUCCGCGGAGACAGACGGAGGCAGUGGCCCGCUGCACCAACUUCGUGCUGCGCCCGAGGCGGCCGCCGCGGCACCAGCCGAGGCGGGCGCUGCCGCACCCAAGUUGCUCCGUCUUGGAGAGAUUGCGAAACUCGCGGGCGUCCCUGAGGAAGUCCUUCGCAUGGACAGCCUCGGGAGCCCGAUGACGAUUGCCCAACCUGUCAUCGCAAUCGAGGAAGUCUCCGUUGUCUGGCGGUGGCUCUUCCGCGUGAACGAGGCAUGGCACACGUUGGCGGAGAGCGCCCUUGAAGUCGAAAAGCGAGGAGAGGAAGCCGAAGAGAGGCGCAGCCGGCACAGACACGAUCAGGUCGCUCUGGGAGAGGGCGACUCGAAACCACAGUCCCCGGAGACAACCAAAAUCAACGGAGGACAGGCAAACAAGUCCUCUCCCAGGUUGGUGGAAGGGUUCCCGCGGGCCGAGGGCGCUUCACCGUGGACCGAUAAAGCUGACGUGAAGAAGACACUGCACAGAGACAGCGAACGUUCAAGGACGGAGACGACGCUCCCGGUUUCAGAUAGAGAAUCUGCAGUCUCACGGCGACGGAGAAAGACGCCAAAGGAACUGCUCGCUUCUUCAUCCCCGUUCCCUGCAAAUCCGCUUUUUUUCCUCAUGCCUGAGCAGCAGGAAGGUCAAAUGUUCACGGAGGAGGCCCCUGACGUGCGAGUCUUCAAUUUGGAGGGGUCCGCGCCGUUUUGGUCUCGGCGCACAGCAGCCCGUCUCGACGAGUCUCCGGCGCGGUGGGCCAUUCGCAAAGACUUUCUAUAUCUCCUCUGCAGCUUGGCCGGCUUCCUUCCGGACCUGAUGAGCAACCGGCUUCUGCGAGGCAUCAAACCCCGCGCCGACGCGACUCAAGUGCCGUCCUACUGUCCCCGAACUGUGGACGACGUGGGGACUGCUGCGGCGCUUCCCGAGGCUCUGAACGUCCUUCGUCUCUUCCGCAUCUGCAUCUACUUCCUCUCUCGCGAGAAAGAGGACAACGCGCCCGACUACUGGCACAAGUACCGCUACCAGUUGAACGUUCCGCAGGCGUCAGAGACAAAGGCGCCGAAACAGAAGGCACUGUUCAAGGAGAUCGAUGAAUACAGCGUGUUGGCUGACCCUCUCUUUGGCUGGCAGCGAGUCUUCUACCGGGCGAUCUCCUCCUGGAAGGACCGACGCGCCGUCUUGCGACUCCACCGGCUCCUGCAGACCGAGCAGCUCUUCCACCUCAUCGGAUCAGUUGGCCAGGUUCUGGGAAACAAAGGAAGAACAAAGAAGUCGCCCAAGUACUGCGCGUUGGCUCCUUCGGUCUUCGUUGCCCACUGGUUGCUCGACACCUUUGUCCGCCACCCCCUCUGCCCGGGGCCUCUGCGAAGGGCCCUCGUGUCUCCUUUGGCGUGGAGCGGGCUCUUCGCUCUCCUUUGCAACGGGUCCAGUCUGCCUAUGAAGCUCGGCCUGGAUGCAGCGCGUCUGACCUUCUGGAUGGUCGCGCGACACACGGGGAAAGACGGGGAUCUUCUGCUCGCAGGCGAGGGAAGAAACGACAGCAGGCGCUGGGCGACAAAGAACGAAGGCCGGCGCUCGGAAAGGAAGCUGGACGAUGUAAGGCGAGAGUCUCCGAGGUGCAAAAUCGACCGGCCAGGAAGGGGAAUUCUUUGUGAAUGGAAUCAAGAGGCAGAAAUGGACGUCGACUGGGAGAUAGAGCGGCGAUUUCUCGACGAAACCCACCGCCCCCCGCGAAGAGGCGCGCGACACAGCAAAGGACGACGCCCGUGGAACUGGGAGGAAGUCGCUUAUCGUCAACGGCUGCUCCAGGAGCUCCUUCAGCGAUACCAAGAUUGUCUGACGUACUGUGGGGCGUCUCUUGUCGAAUACCUAGAGAAGCCGAACAGCUGGAAGGCCGCGAGUGUGGACUGCUUCACCGGCUCCGACAUGGGGCGUCAGCAUGUGCGCUAUCGAACGAACGCGGGGUUCCUGUCCCACUACUUAGCUUGCGCAUGCGUGGUGAUACGCGGGGUCUCUACACUCGGUGCGAAUCUCUCCUGGCUGCCGCUGAGACACGCAGGCCCUUUCAUCGACCUCGUGGACUACUUAGCCGUCAGCAAGCGAGUAGCCGCGGCCGCCUGCUUGCCGACCCAAGGGGCCCUGGAAGGCCGGGACGCCAUAAGCAGGUCCGAUGGUGUGGAGCAUGACGCAGGAUCCCAGUGCAUCAGAGUGGAAGACGAUGUGGAUUUCGAAAAGCGAGAAGAACGAGAAGAGAGUGUGAAGGAAGAGGAGAAAAUGACGCCAUCCGGAGAAGACGAAGGGCAGGGUACAAGGACAGGCGGAGGGCUGCUGCAGGUGGAGACUUGCAGGCGGAGAGAAGAAGCGGAUGACCAUGCGGGGGCUAGACACUCGGCUGAAGAAGUUGACAGGGAGUCAAGCUGGUCGAACGCCGACGCAGACAAGACCCAGGACUCCCGAAGGGAACGCCAGAAAGGAAGAAAUAUCGAUGUCUCCAUCUUCCCAGGAUCUGUAUUGCAAACCACUGAGCCUCUACCUCAAGCCUGUGCACUGCGCGAACACAUUCUCGUCCUCCCUGGUGUGGGGCGAAUAGCGGGAGCUCGCAGGACCACGCUCGCUCUGUCAAUGGAGGUGGAGGAAGAUGAAAGCGAUCCAUGCAGCGAGAGGGAGUGCGACGACUCCGAGGUCGUCUCUCGACCUCGUCGCGCCGCUGGCAUGGCAUCUGUGGCGUGGGAUGAAGACCUCUUCCCCGAGGCGUCGCGCCCCCGGAAGACACCGAAGCUCCUUGUGGCAGCUGACCCCCUUUUCCGUUACCUAAUAGCGGAACUGGAAGCAGGAGAAGGAUCUCGCUCUUCGGUCUCUGCCCCUUUCAGACGGGUCUGGGACUUCACUGUGGGCAGCGACCUGACGGGCGACAAAGCAAGCUCCGAUCAUGUUAGGAGUGGCGCCUCUGUCGGGCCGGACGUGGCAGAGACAGGGUCGCGGCUCCAGGAUUUGAGCGAGGCCCAGCAGGGCGGAAAAGAGUUGUUGGAAGCGGCCUGCAAGACAGACAUCGGAAGCGGCAGGUCACUCAGGGACAGGGAGCCGGAAAGGAGAGGGACGGAGACUGCUUUUAGCUUCUCGUUCCUGCCUUUGCACUCUCGCUCGACAUCGAGAUCUGGAACCCUUGGGUCCGCACGGUCCCAGUUGGUUCUUCGAAAUCUCCACGCACCUGCGCCAGGCAUUUCAUAUGCCGUUUCGGCCUUCCCACUGAUUUGCGGGACCUCGCGCGGCCACUGCGAACUUGUCUUUUCUCUUGAGUGUCCCCGGUCCGUUACAUCACGUGAUGGCCGAGAGCUGUAUGGCAACGGGGCGGUUCUUCUCGGGGCGCCUCGAGUCUCCUCGCCGCUCUUGGAUUGGCCGACACUGGAAGAACCGGGCGUCGCCUCGGCCACGGCAUGGCCGCUGGGCCGGGUGUUCGUGGGCGUCGUGGCAGUGCGAUCGAGGGCGGAGCUGGAGAACCUGAGACUUGGCAAGUGGGACGGUUCCUCUAACGCCGCCCUCCUGCAGCUUGCCUCCAAAACGGUUUGCUCAGGAUUUUCCACUUCUUCUCCCGCCUCGCUCUCGAGGGCGACGGGAGAAGCGCGCGUGAGGGAGCGAGACGGGCUCCAGACCCCGCGAAGGACCCACCGAGACGGUGGCAACCGGAAGCAACUCCCGAAUCGCCAGUGGAGUCUCCAGGGCAACAUGGCGCCUACAGCAGGGAGCCUUUUCCGCGAGCUGAUCCCGAGCCAGCAAGGUGAAGCUAGAAGGGGAAGACACGAGCCGCCAGACGCAAGUGCCUCUUUUUCGAAGCGAGAGCCUAGAACGAAACAAGAAAACGGACGCUUGCGAACGGGAAGAUGCGGCGCAGUUCGCGUCUCUCUGAUGACAGCGGGGCGACAUGUCACGUGGGCGGUGGAUGGGGCCGUCGUGGCUUGUCAGACGUUACCCCCGUGGUGCUCGAGACUGCUGCCGGUCUUAGUCGUUGCUUCCUCUUGCAAAGGAAAGGCGGCGGAGGGACGUCCGUCUGCAGCUGGUGCCUUCUGGUCGCAGGUCGGACUGGCAGUCUCCUUCGAGGCCCGCGAGACAGGUCCCAUCGCCCCGGUUCGCUCCGCCACCAAGGGCCUGGCCAGCGUGAGCAGCUCGCUUUCUCCCCACACCUCUCGCCGCUUCGCUUCCAACGCAGUCCUUUCGCUUCCGCUCAAUGAGGUGUUCUACCGGUUUGAACCGCCCCCUGACAUUCGCGUGGUGCGCUGGGCCGGCAGCGUUGCAUCGGAGAAAAGCUCCUCCCACAAGGGCUACCAGGGACUCUGGAACUCGUCUCGAGUCAAGAACAGAUCGAGGCUUGGGGAAGGCCUUUCUGGAGAAGCCCAUGGGCUUAUGCUCUUUGACGGCACUCAGCCUUCUGCGAACUCUCCUCUCGGAGCAGCGCUUCAAGACGUGCUAGUGCAUGCAUGUGGCGACGUUGUCUACCUCUCCACAAGGUCUUCGUCUCUUUCUUCUCUUCGGCCUCGACUCCUUCAGAUUCCGGGCGGGAGCAGCGUUUCCGGCGCGUCUUCCCGGACUUCUCUCACGCAGAGCAACAAACUUUCCAAGCCGAUUCAGAGCGACGCCAACCAUACGGAUCUGUCGGGCGCGACAGUCUCUGCUGAGGCUGCCGCAGCUUCGCCUUCGUCUGAGCUGCCGCGCUUCUCUGAGCCAAUUUCCGAAACGGUCUCCGUGGUUUUCCCCUCCACUUCAAGCGCUGCAGGGGGCCCCUCGUCGACCAGGUCCAUUCCUGAAAGGAAAGAGAGCAAAACGAAGCCGGCGUCUCGCACAACGAUGGGGCUGAACAAGGAGUUGUCUUCUGGGUCGAACCCACCCUUGUGGGUCCUGGUGUCCCCGGACCUUCGUGUCCGCAGCGGAGUCUCUGUGUCGCCGCCGAAGGGCGGUCCUGUCUCCUUCGGGCUUUCCGAAGUCUGGAAGUGGAUCGAGACUCGAAAGGCGAAGCUUCUUCUUCCCGAGCCAUCGUCUAGCGCCUCGAGUUCGCCGUGGCCCCAGUUGGAGACAGCAUGCGCCGCGGACGAGCGUGAAGGUGUCUUGGCGUCCCGACCGCUCUGCCUUUUCGCAGAAGGGACUGAAGGCUCGGAGACAGAGACCGAGAGUCCGCAGUCUGGGACCCUCGGCGGCCCACAACUGACGGGCACCGUUCUCGGCCCGCAGGCUUCACUGCGAGGGAGCUUUGCGGGCGACGAACUCGUCUCGCCGACAGAUGGCUUCGCGUCGCCGUCGGCAGUCCUCCAGUUCUCCGCUCCUCGUCAUGACGCGGCAGGCGCGCCGCGAGUCAGUUCCGGAUCCCCAGUUUCGACUCGUGGAUCCGUGUCUCUAGGCUUGCUUCACAGCUUGUCACGAGAAGAAGAGAAGGGCCGAGGCGAUCCGUCGCCAGCCUCAGUGAGUUGCAAAGGCGCCGUAACCUCGCUUCCGUCGUUGUCUUACCCACCACACGCCCCGAGUUCUGUCCAGACCAGCUCCCACAGAUCGCAUGUACUGGGAAGGCGCGAAACCAGCGUUUCUCUUUCUCCGUGCUCAAAGGGCACUGUCCCCGGGGUUGUUGUCCCCUCGGGCCGCCCACUCGUUGGGGCGCCGUGGGCAGGCGAUGCUGUUCAUCCAGCUCUGCCUUUCUCGUUCGGGUGCCGCGUUUCUCUUAGUGCCGAGAAGCUGGCAGGGGACUUCAAAGCUCAGGGCAACUCAGUGCGGCUUGAGGGCGAGCAAACGCCCAGCGAAGAAACGGCGCCUUCAGGACCUCUAGCUGUUGGCGUCGUGUGGGGUUGCUGCCGCUGGCUCUGGGUCAGCGAUGGUCGACUCAUCUGUCCCUGGGACGUCCCGACAGUUCCCGAGCUCCGUCUGUUCUACAAGCGGCGAGAGAAGGCCUUGGGAGGGCGCAUCGGAGGCGAGCACGACUCCGUCGAAUCUUCUACGCCGUCUUUGGCGACGUCAGGCCUGCAGAAGAGCGGCAGAGACAGGACAGCGUCGCUGCCUGCGUGGCGUGAGGCGCAAGUCCCGUGUCCAGGGUUCGAGGACGGCGAUUUGGUCACCAUAGAGUUUGUUCCAGCGAUUCCGGCGCUGCUCUUCUUCCGGAAUGGCAACUACCAGUUCGGGUUCAAUUUCGAUAGUUUCUACCGCCUCUCGGAGCGCCGCAAAGUGAAGAAGUCACUGGACUUCUUCUUCGCCGCUUCGGGGCAUAAAUGCGCCCAAGCAGACACGCAGCGAAAAGCCGGCAACGCCAUCGCCUCGCCCCGAGCCGGAAGCCGGACCAGCCCUUCGUCUGGCACACGCGGCGAUGGUCCUGCGGGACUGGGAACAAUGCGCGAGACUGGCAGAUCAGUGUCUGGAGGUGCGGGCCCCCACCACGGCUCCGCUCUUGUCGCCUCCGUUGGGCUCCAGGAGACCGGCCUCGAGGCGCCUGUGUCCCCCCCUGUCUCCGGGGCACCCAAGUGGGGCAAGUCGUCCUACGUCCUCUACAAGACCCCCUUGGAUCAGUACGAAAAAGAGGGGACCGGCGUGACGCUCCUUUACCGGGGUUUGAAAGAAGGCCUCCCUCAGUUGGUCGCACACUUCAUUGCGCUUCACCCGGGUCUCCUCGAGGAGGCGGAUCUCCUAGCGAGUCCUUGCUCGGCGAGCAUGAGUGCUGUCGAGGCUUCCUUCCUCGGAACCUUGCCUCCGGGAAGCCGCCUCCCACCGCUUCUUUCUUCCUCUUUCUCUGGGUCCUGCAAGCGCCACCGGGAGCCCUUGUCCUCUGUUGCGCCCGCCUUCCCUGGGCCCGAGGAAGCACUCGAUGAGAGUCCCCUUUGGCUGGCGGUCGUCUCGAGGAACGAGGAAUGUGUGCGGCUGCUGAUCGAAGAGGGCGGCUGCUCGCCCGAGGGAACGACGCCUGUCUCCGCUCUGAGGUCUCUCAUGCUCGGGCCUUCUGGCGCAGGCACGGGGUCCCUCCCCGCGGACGGCGAGACACCUCUCAUGGCCGCCGCAGAGACGGGUCAGGCUGCCCUUGUUUCGCGCUUUGUGUGUGUGUAUGGCGCCAACGUGAACAAGCGAGAUGCUCGAGGCAACACCGCGCUGCACCGCGUUUGUCUCCAAGCGCUAGCCCUAGACAAGGAGCUGUCUCCAGCCUCUCAGCGAGACCCUGGACGUUCCGCAAGCGGAGCCCAACAUCCCACACAGGCCCAAACCAGUUCGGGUCUCCCCGGAACCGUCGGGGCUCCCGCAGCAGAUGCUGGGGCGCCCUUUGGAGGGAUACAAGCUACGGCGACGCAACCAAGCCCGCUCUCUGUAGAUGCAGACCGCGAUGAAACGAGACCCGGUCCAGGACCCUCAGGCGGUCGCACCGGGUCUGGUGUGGCGCCCCACGCUGCAGGCGUGUCUCCGGACUACAGGCAGAGCGAAGGUGGGAUGUCAGCGGGGAGCCCGAGAGCCGAGAGGAGAGAAAAGAAGACAAAGAACGGCACCUUGUCUGCUUCUACGGAGGACUGGUACAACUGUGUGGACAUGGCGCGCCUGCUGCUUCAGUUGGGGGCCGAUGCCGAGGGCAAGAACGACGAUGGACUGAGACCUCUUGACCUUCUCCAGACUGGUCGAGGUCAGAGAGAAGGUGAGAGAGCCGCGAGGCGGGAGUCUCGCUCCAGAGGCGGCGAUGAUGCGUCACGUUAUGCCUUCGAUUCCGACGAAGAAACCGGAAACGCGAGUGACCGCCUCCGGGCCUUCCUUUCCACCUGGAUGGCCCUCUAUAGCUCCAGCGGAGGAGGCGGACGAACAUCUGAGAAGACGCCGAUCGCUGCCCCUAGGAACGUUGCAGCGCCCGCGAGCGUCAUCGCAGAGGGUCUCCGCCAAGGGGUGUCUCGAGUCUCCUUCAGCUCCGAAUAUCCACAAGACCUUGUGCCUGAAAGUGAGCAAGCGUUCACGUCGCUGUGCCCCCCUUCUUCGGGGCGCUGGUUUGGUCUUCUUGCCAACUGCCUGCCCGUCGUUGCUCUUCCCCUUCCAUCGCCUCCGAAUGUUGAAUCUCGCGAGGUCGGAGACGAAGAAGCUAAUCCGUUGUCUUCCUGGAGGUCUUUUGUCAGCUUGUCUCCUUCGUCUCACAGCCUGCCUUCGUCGUACUCGGGCACAGACUCUGGGAGAUCACGGGAAGAAGCCGGUGCGUCCUCGUCGGAAGAAGAAAGUCGCCCUUUUGCAUGGCGACCGUCAGACCCAGUCUUGUUAGGUCCGGCGGCGCUGCUGGAGAAGUUCGAGAUCGACGGGGAGGCCUGGACCGGUGGACGCGCAAAGGACGAGACAGGGAGACUGGUUCUGCAGGCCCUGGCGCUCAAUUCAAAGGAACAAAAAUCACGAGUAGGAGUUGCGCAUUCGGGUGACCCGUGGCUUGAAGGCCAAGAACAUCUGGGACUCCCGCGUUCGCUGUCGGAUGAGCGAGGAGUGCCUUGUCAACCUCCGCCGUCAACGACACUAACUCCUUUACAGGGAGUGGAUAGUAGAAGGCCUGAGGCCUCACCAGAUGCAGUAGACAAUCUGCGCGCAACCGGAGUAGAGGAGCUUGACGCCGCAAAUGAAGCGUCCCCAGGAGACAGCUACGAUCAGCUGCAUGACGACGGCGCGAGACUCCACGGGGCGGAGGCCUGCCCUGCCCCUGCUCAGGAGACCCGAGGGAGAGAAGACGAGGAAGGAAGGGAUGUGCGUCCAGCGGGAGUGAAAGAACGCGGCGAUGAAGAAGACUUGGGGAUGCAUUUGAGUCACUGCUCUUCUGCUGAUCCAAGUGUGUCUUUCCAGUCCACCGGGACAGACCCGUGUACCGCGAUUCGGCGUCUCAGCUACUCACCAGGGGAGGGACUUGUGAGCUGUGGAGUAGUGCGUGGCCUGCUGCGCGAAGUCGCAGGCUUUCUUGUCCAAGAAUUUCAGGAGUGGAAGCGAAGCGAGACAAACCCAACAAUCGGAGGGCCCCUGUACGGCCAAUCGACUCCUGGCUUUGCCCACCCUAGCCGAAGCCGCUCUCACGGCGCCAGCGGUGCAGGGAUUUCUCGAGGCGGAGAAGGAGACAUUCCGCAGACUCUCCCGUCGCUCAACUACUCGGCGCUGCCUCGGUCCGCGACUCAGGGCUCUUCUGGUCGCAUGCGUGGAGGCGAGCAGGCUCCAAGUAGGGACGGAACACAGCAGGGAGUGGAGCAACGGCUGGACCAGGCGAUUCAGGCGACAGAUACUCUCAUCGAGACUAUCGGGUCGGCCUCAGACUGUGAAACCCUGCGGAUCUGUGCCCAGAAAGUUGUGAAUCUCAUGCGUGUUUUAUUCGACGACCCUCACUUUUGGCGGGACUCGUCAUUCCGAUUGCCUGCGCAAGGCGAUGCCAGCGCUCCAUUCGCUCGCCAAGGCGGAAGAGGGGGCCUCGCUUCCACUGCUUUGCCCCGGAGGCACCUUCAGGAGCCUUUGAAAAGCAAUUUGCGGAGUCUGGAGGACUCAUUGGACGCUUCCUGCACACUCCACGACCUGGCCUGGGUCGUUUUGGGGCUGGAGAACAUCGUCAACGUCCUCGGAGAGGCGGGCGCCGCCUCAGCAGCUUCCAACGACGCCUUGCCGCCUAUCCCGGUCUCCCACCCUCUCCCAGGAUCUUUCCGACACCAGCCAGAUGUCCGCGUUCCGCGCGCGCUUUACAGUCAUUCGCGGCGCGUGAGCUGGAGAAGGCGACUCGCCUCACAGCUGUCUGUGACUCAGUCGAUCGGGGGCCCAGGGGGCCUCACGUGGACGCCGUGUGUGGGCGACGCUGAGGCGUCUGCCCUUCUCGGCGUCAACUGCCUCGAGGGCGUUUUCGACAAAGGGGCAAGCCCAUCGAUCGAGACUGGAGCCGCACACAAUGCUCUCUGGGUCGCGAUGAGCACAGGAGCCGCGUCGACUGCUUCUCGGCGACACAGCGAACCCGGACAAAGCCACCAGGUUCCCGACCCCCUCGGGUCUCUCGAGUUCGGAGGCUCAGGUGUCUGGCAGCAUUGCCGCUGCCAGACACUAGUGUUGAAGAUGCGACCGGAGUCGUAUGGAGGGCCUUGCCGCGCCCCGUCCUCGUCUUCAGUGGCCAAGUCGCUCCUGAGACAAAGCGUGAGGUCUCAGCGAGGAGCGGAGAGAGGGGAGAGAGGGGUGGGAGAGGCGCCGCAAGCGGUGAUUCUCGACGUCCACGUUCGAGUCAGCCUGGAAGACUCGCUGGUUCGACAACUGAUGUUCGCCUGGCCCCUCAGUCUCGAUGUGUCGCUCCGGGAGACUGUCGACCUCCUCGCCCCGGACCUAGCUGCUGGGCGUCGCGUUCUGGGGGAGGAGCAGGGCGGCGAAGAAGCAGAGACAGUUGCGGCCAUGCCCAAGACAGAACCUGAGAGGCUCGAGUUUUUCAAGCGGGUCGCAGACGGUUUUUGGACGCUCGAGGAAAGCCGAGCCGAGAUGCUGCAGCGCCUCGACAAGACGGUUCCGAAGAAGAAGACCCUUUGGAAGAUCCAGGCUGUGAGCCCUGAGGAGGCGGUCGAGCACGCCAUCGCUCUCCGACGCGCCGUGUCGAAAAUGAUGGAGACAGCGGUGCGUCGAUCCUCAGUUCUCCCACAACCGUCCUCUUUUUUCUACCGGCUCUUCACGCGUCUGCUGGUCCUGCGCAUGCGCCUUCUGGUGCGUCUCAACACCGCGGCGUUGCGUGCGGUCCCGCUUGUGGCCUCCGUGUUCAACUCCCCGAAUCUCGGACCAGAUUUCCACGGCCUUUUAACCGGAGACCCUGUUGUGUUCCUUCGCGGCCCCUCCAGGAACUGUCUGCCGUGGUUGCAUUUGGACAGUGGGUCUCCGCACACAGGACGCGAGAGCGACGACAUUCUCCACCAUAACUUUGGUCUCGGAAGCCGAGAGAAAAUCAAGGAAAAGAGCUGGGUGUGCCAAUCCUCGAGACGCAUGCAUUUGCGCAGAAGCGAGAAAGGAGGCAGAUCGGGAUCCCCGGCUUCCCGACUUGCCUCGCCCUCACAUGCCACGCGCUGCGACAAGAGAGACACCGCUGCUUCGUUCUACGCUCACACGAAAAUGGUAGUGCAAGCAGGGCCCGCGGAUCUGCCGGCGCAGCUUUCCGUCUACCUUUUCAUGAGGCCUCUUCUGACGUCGGAGACAAUCACCUCGCUCUGGGGACGAGCCCUGGAGCGUGUCGGCGUUCCCUCACACGACAUUCCGGCGCUUCGCCUCGACCGUGGACUCGCCGCGACUGCAAAAAAUAUUCUGCAUAGCAUGUUGUACCAGGCGACCGUUCAGUUGCUCGCUUCCCACAUGAACCCAAAUAAACUGCGAGGGCGGCCCGGAGACAGACCGUUCAUGGUCGUGUUCAAGGGGGAAGGCGCCACUGACUUUGGAGGCCCUUUCCAGGAGUUUCUCUCCUGCGUCGCUCGAGAAAUUAUGGGCAGUUUGGCCGACGCCCCCGACGGGGGCCUUCCAAACUUCUCGCCCUGCCUCCCCUGCCCCAACGCAACACAUGCAAUUGGGCCCCAUCAAGACACGGUCCUGCUCCGGCCGGACGACCCGCCCUACAACCCAGAGCCGCAGUUGUACUUCCGCGGAGAGAUUGAGGCGUUGCAGGAGAACGAAAGCGUGGGUACGGACGAAGACGAGAGGUACGAAGGGAGCGAGGACGAGGGGUCUGACGACGAGGGACGAAGCGGAAGCAAGACACGGCAGGAAGUCGAGGGCGAGGACCAGAUUCGAGAAGAGAGAGAAACAGGUGCGUUGCCCCACGGGGCUUCAACCAUUAGCGACACGGAGAAGGACGGGUUCAGCUCCGACUGGCACUUUGUGUCGAGUGGUGAAAGUCGGUCCGACGGGUCCAGCGACGAAGGGGACGACGACAUCGGUGUUCUUGCUACAAACACAGUCAAGCAAUAUGCUCUGGAUCAAGGUGAAUCUCGCAAAGCGUCCGGUGCCAUGGGUGCCUCUGGUACGCUUGCGACUCUUGAGUUUCCGCGCCGCGACUCCUGCGGGUCCUCAGCGCGCUCCGCUUCUCUCGAAACCACUCCUUUCGUGGAGGUUCUCUCCCCACUCUUCGCGGCUAUGGCAUCUCGGAACCAAGAGGGACGAGCUUCAGGAGUGUUCCGGUCGUUGUCGAGCGGCGUUCUGACGCGUGGAAGGGCCGACCUUGCGUCCUUGCUUUUCUUCCGCAGUUUUUUUCCCUCGGACAAUAUUUCCCUCCAGACUUCUCAGAGACGCCGAAGAGGCGCCUGUCUCCCCCUGUCCUUCUUCGAUCCUCUCGAGAUCUCGCCGGUCGGGGCGCCGCGCCGCGAUGGACGCAUGCGCCGCGACUUUGGUUCGACCGGGAAUCUCCCGGGGGGUUCUUCUGUCACGGAUUCGCAGGGGACGCAGGGACGCUCAGCAGCCUUCCCCGCCUCGCCUUCUCACAGUGUCGGCGGGCCGAUGACGUUUCCGAAUGCGACCCCUCUCACACAGAUGGGUACCGCGCCGCUCGCUUCGAAUCCGCCGCGUCUGCCUGCUUCACACCGGCCGCAGGGUCACAGUGGAGGCCGGGGCGGGGAAGGGUCUCUCCCCCCGCCGGAACCGCGGCCCUCAGGCGUCCCCAGCUCCCCGGGGGCUCUCGACUUCCACGGAGACUCCGGAGGCAUGGGACAGUUUCGGCUGCGGCGGGAAGACCGGCAGGUGUUCCAGAUGCCGUCUCCGCUUCCUACUCUGGGGCAUGCACUGCCUCGCACGGCUCCACAGAUGGGCGACAGCAUGGCGGGGAGCUCGAGUGCAGCGACCUCGCCGUUGUCCGGUCGCCAUUUCCCUGGAUCUCCCCAGACUCCUGGGCCCCAGACGGGGCCCCUAGGCGAAAGCGGUUUCGCUGUUUCUGGACCUGGAGGCGUCGGCGUCCAGACCCCGGCAGACGCGUUUCCCGACCGGAGAAGGGCCAUGGAGCGAGAGACAGCCCCUUUCGCCUUUGUCUCCAGCGACCUCGAGGUCGACGAGGGGAGACACGGGAGGUUCUCUGUGCCGGCUGCGAGCCACCAUGCGGUCGGCGCCCGACCCGCGCCCCUGCAAACCCCCACGAGGCCCGGAAGAGACCCCUCGGGGCUUAGCCACGGUCGGAGCUUGACCCCGCCGCCUCUCGUCGCGGGAGGCAGCAACGACAGCUCGGCGCCUUCGCUUGGCUUCCAGAGUCAAGGCGGCCGCGAACGCGGAGGGCGAUCUCGGGGCGCAUCUCGAGGCCCAGGGCCUAAUGGCGGCACGGUGGCGCCCGAAGGGUGGCCCGUGGACGAGGGGAGAGACAGAGGGUUCCAGGACAGGAGUCGGGACGAAAACAGAGGGAACACUACUCCAACGCCUGCUCAUAGAGGUGGCGUGAGAGAGGGAGGCAUGUUCUUUCUCCCCACGUCGCAGGAAGAGGGGCGAAGCAGUGGAGGCCCCGGAAACGGCCGCAACGGAGGAGACGACCCCGGAAAUGGGGGAGGCGGCGACGGGCCUGGCCCCUCCGGAGGGCGGAGAGACGGCGAGGACAGAUUGGGGCAAGGGGGCCUAGACAAGGACACGGAACGACGCGCUGAACUAGCCAUGUACGAAGCUCUCGGGCGCCUUCUCGCCAUGUGCUCCUGCAUAGGAGCGGCAUUUAACGCUUCCCUGAAUCCGCUGAUCUGGAAGAAACUCGUGGGACAGCCCCUCCAAAUUCAGGAUCUAGCUGAUUCGGACUGCGUUGCAGUAGAGAUGCUGCGCUCGCUUCGACGCCUGGCAGCUGUACCACCGUCUCUGUGGGACGAAGCUAUGGAGGCAUCGAUUUCGGAUUUGACUUUCAUGACUGAAGGGUCUUCGGGACAGCCGUUCGAGCUCGUCCAGGGCGGCAGCGAAAUUGUUGUCACUCCCAAGAAUCUAGAACUCUUCAUUCGCCUCUCGGAAAGGUGUCGGCUCCUCGAGGGACAGGGAAGUCUCGAGGCCCUCCUCAAAGGCAUCGGGGCCGUUCUUCCCCUUGGGCGCAUGCGCAUGCUCUUCGAUUGGAGGCGACUAGAGUACAGAGUGUGCGGAGACCGCGUGGUCGACCUGGACUUGUUGCGAAGUCACACUGCGUGUGGCUCUGAGGAAUUGAAAGCCACCCUCUUUGAGGUGUUGGAGACGUUCACGAACGAUCAGUUGCAGCGUUUCCUCCGCUUCGUUUCCGGGCGCUCUCGCCUCCCGUCCAGUGGAAGCGACUGGCGAAUGGCUGUCGACUACGAAAUUCCCGAAGGGCAACGCGUGCCACCGAUCGACGACAACCGCCUCCCGACAGCUGCGACGUGCGGCUUCAGGCUGCUGUUGCCCCGAUACACUUCGAAUUCGAUUUUCCGCCAGCGGCUUCUCUACGCGAUUAACAACUGCACCGCGAUUGACUUGGAUGCCUAUGUGGUACACGAACAAAUGACUCUGAUGUAUGAGGACUAGAAGGCCAAGAACAACCGAAGAAGAAAACGAAGGCAUUUGGAUGGUGCAGGAACGCUCCCUUGGAAGAAAAGACUGCGCACUCUAGUUAUAAAAUCCUCAAGUCGUAUGUACCAAAGAAGACAAGAAUACAAAAAAGACUGUUGUUGCCUGCGGACAUUUCGACUUUCUGGCCACGGCUCGGACGUUCCCCAAACGGUGAUGCGGGGAAGAGGAAAAAAAUUCUUCAGACAGGAACCGCUUGCCUGUGAUCUCUUCGAGGAAUGGGGGAUUUGAGAUUGAGUUGGGUUCUUGUCACUUCGUGAUCUCUACCUUGUUCGUGUGUUUUUGCUCUUCUGGUCUUGAUGUCCAUGUGAACCGGUUCCUAGUUGCUCCAGCUUCCCUGUAUCGACGUGGUUUCGUGUUUUUUCUUGUUUGGCUACACGCCGACCCUCAACUAACAGAAGAGCAUCUGUGUUUGCUCCCUCGGCGAGGCCAAUAUUGGGCGUUUAACGAGAGAAUUUUUCGGGUAGAGCAA